CCAAUUCUAAUAAUUUAUAUAUCUAGAAUAACAAAAUAAAUGUAAAAUUUUUUCUCGCUAUUAAUUUUGCAAACAUGUUAAUAUUAGUGUUCCAUUAGAUACCAAAACGGGUUACGCUAGCACUAAAUUAUUAUUUAUUUGGAGAAUGGUCAACUGUUUCGUCUAAACAAACAAAAAUUAAAAAAAAAUAAAAAAAGAAAAUAAAAAAAGAAAAUGAAUGAAAUUUGAAAUUCUUUCUAAUAUUGAUUUAAAUGAGGUCUUGUACUUUUUCAAUAUUCUACACUAAAACUCAAUGAUGUUAUUGCUGCUAUUGCCGUUAACGAUGGUGAUGGCAGUGAUGACGGUAGUAUUGCAUACAUUUCACUGAUUUUAUAAGUGGCCACUUAACAGUGAACUAUAGAUGCUUUAUAAAGACAAAAAGAAAAAUCUACAAACGCAUAUAUAACGGAAUCUAUAAUCUAUAAAAUACAUCGAGAAAACGAACUUUACUUGUGCAACAACUUAUUCGCUUCAAAUAUUUCUUUACACUUUCUUAUUCCAUUAUUAUUAUUAGUAAUAUUAGUAAUAAUAACACAAUUCAUGUUCAUGUACCCUUAGUUUACAUAUAUAUAAAAUUGUCUAUGCAUCGGUAAUAGAAAGAAAAACAAAACGAGCUUACAAAAUUACCCAUAUACAUACAUGCAUAUGUAUACAGAAGUAGAGAGUAGAGAGGUGGGUAAAUACACGUAAGCAAUGCCAUUAAGAAUUUUUUUAGAACGGCAUCUAACGCGUUUGCAGACAAUGAAUGUGAAAGUCCCUCAGCAGAUUGAAACAUUUAAAUGAAAUGCGUCAAGAGGAUAAACUUUGAUCCGGGCAUUAUGAAACUACCUGUGGAUGAUAAAUUCAUCAAUUAUUUAAGCCAGUCUAUCGCAAGAAGAGGUGACAGUUAACUCGCUCUUUAUUGUUUCUAAAAAUUUCCUUUUGCAAGCUACAGGAUACACAAAUAUUACCUUUUCUGCUCGAUUAUCACUAUUAUCUUUACCAUGGACGAUUUACUUGUUGUUCGAUAAAACGAUUGAUUAUUCAUUAAAGAUUGUCAGUAUGGACAAUUUUCCGCUUCACGUUAACAACAGUAAAAACAAUAACAACAGUUAUAACACAGAUACGAUGCAAAGAGGUCAAGAGGAUUUAAUGCGCACGGCCGCCUUUGAAUAUACAUUACCCACCAAUGAAGAUGACGAUGAGGAUGAGGAUGACGAUGAUGAUGAUGAUGAUGAUGAUGAUGAAGAUGCCGAAAGUAAUAAAAGCACUCCGUAUUAUACACCUAUGGAAUUUAUUCACAGUCCAUUUGAGUUUCCUUCACCGCGUUUAGCAGACACUGAAAAUUUGUUGUUAAUUUCACAAGGUAACGACAUAUCGAAACCACAAAUGGCUUUAGCAGAAACCAUACAUCAUGAAGUCGGCAAUCAAAGUCCACGUAUUUUUCAAACAUCAAGUGUGAGAGCAUUUAGCAAACAUUUGGAGCCAACAUCUCCGGCUAUAAAUCGUAAAUUUCGUCGCUUUUCUCUUUACGAACGACGUUCGUGCUCGCCGCAACAUUUAAUAAUUAAGAAUGCUGCGUCUGUUGAAUGUGCUAUGGAAACGGACAAGGAGAAUGCGAAACCAAAAUUUUUGUCAGAUAGGAAGGAAAGUAGCAAUAGUGGCAAUAACUCACCAAGUAUGAUUAUCGAUGAAUCAGGCUCGCCUCGUAUACUCACCAGCACGGAAGCAGCUUUAUUAAGCGGCAGUGUUGGUGGUAAUAAUACACGUCUUGCCUAUUCUCCUAAGCUAUUGACGUCAAUCAACAAUCUGAAUUUGAAUUCUCCUCUAGGUGUCAUAAGCUCUGCUGGUUAUAAGAAUGGCAAUUAUUUCAAAUUUCCUGAAAUUGAUCAAGGAUUUGCAUUAACAAACCCAUCUCAGCUGGAAGCAUCUAGUACUAGCUGGGAUAAUCAUUUUUUAAAAAGUCGCCCACCGUCCAAAAAACUAAGUAGUAAUAGUUCAUCUGCAUCCUUCUCGAGUACAGCGAAACCAUUUGCGUUUGACAUCUUUCCGAAAGCCGAUGUGGAUACAAAAAUAUUCCAUGAGGAAACCUCCAGUAGACAAAGUGCAAUUCCUGGUAAAAUUGAUGCUAAAAGAAAUCGUAAAAAUAAAAAUAAUUUAACUAUAAAAAUAGCCAACAGUUCUUUAAGUAGUACUACAAAUCAAAGCGCACAGUUAGAUAAAUCUGUGUCAUUAUCCUCGCCAAAUCCCAAAACACCCACCCUUAAAUGCACUAAAGAAAAGGCUCUUUCUUUAGAUUCGGCGGCCAAAGCAUCCGAAGCAAAUAAGUCAAUAGCUACAACCAAACAAACACACUUUCACUCUAGUUACGACCAAUUGGAGUCUCAGCCAUUGGAAUCUAAGGCUGAGGUGAUUAGAGAACGCUUAAGAUCUGCCAGCGUGGCGACUAAUCGCUCAACAUCCAUGUCGCAAUUGUCGGCCCACGUUAGUUCAAGCGCUAACAAGCCGAGCACUUCUCAAACGGGUAUGUUAGCGAAAACCAUACGACGUCGUCUACCAAAUUCAUCAAGUGCGGAAUGGCAACUAUAUCGCCGAAAACAGCACCCAUUUACAAUACCCGACUUGUCCAAGAACGUUACUGAGGAAGUACAGCCGGACAAAAAGACUGUUAUCAUACUUAAAGAGGAUAUAGAAGCUUCAAAUGCUAGCACGUGCAAUUCAACGCCAUCUUUGACUUAUCGCACAGCCCAUAAGCAUAAUCCUUUGUUACACACUUCGAAUACUAAUUUAAAAACGCUACCAGAGUUUUUAACUUUAGUGGAAUUCUCUACACCCUCCCAUACACAUGAUCAACAUCCUUUCAAGCAAAAGUCCAUGGAGUUGCCAAGUUCAGCGACAUCGGCAACGGCCACGGCGGCGGUGCGGUCAGCAAGUUCUACAUCGUCCACCAAUCUAUUGCAGAGGCGAGGCUCAAAUCAUAGUCUUACACUUAACUUACACGGUUCUUGCAGUAACCUUCUGGGAAGUUGUCGCACUGGCCUUAGCGUUUCCAACUACAGCCUAGGCUCGGUUGGCAGCUCGAAUAAUAAUUUAAACUCGAAAUCAAGCGGCAACUUAACCAGUUGUCAAGCAACACAAAGUAACACCACCACACACAGCAUUAAUUCGCUUCACAGUCAGGGAACUAAGCAAACUUUAUUUCGUAGACGUGGCUCAAAUCAAAGCCUAACACUGACAAAUCUAACGGCAACCUCUUGCGGAAACUUAAAUUCCUUUUCUAGCCAAAAUUCACUGAACAUGGAAAAACCUCAAAUAACUACAUUACCGCGACCACUCAAUAGUUCCACUUCAAUUAUAACAACCCCACGCAAAGGUUUACUGGAACGGCGGGGUUCCAAUCAAAAUCUUACCUUGAAUAUGAGCACUUCCUUUGGCGGUCUGGAAACUGAACGUACAAAUUUGGGAAUAAGCAGCUUGAACUUGGGCGAUUCGCGUGUAGAAGACAAUUUAAACAACCCCACAUUCGUGCCACCGUGCAAUGUGCAUACUCAUCAACGCAAAUUCUUUAGUAGCGAAAGUCUAAACCGAUCAAAUACACAGUUUUCUGAUCUGAAUCAAGCGCAUAGAAGGAAUGCCAAUCAGGUGUGCUUUGGUUCAGUUUCAGAUCUAAAACCAAGCGAUCGCGAGACAACUGCCGAUGCCAAUAGAGAGCAAACCGCUCGAGUAGAACAUUUCAAUUUCCAGGAAAGCUCUGUUUGUACCUGCACGGGAGUUCGCAACAUUAUGACCAAGCCGUUGUCGCCGCAAACCACUAGCGAAGAAUUCAAAAUUUAUUUAGCCAACAUACAAAUGCUACAGAAUGCAUCCAAUGCCCUUAACCAAAAUGAUUUAAUUAAGCUUAACUAUAUUUUUGAUCAUAGCUAUAUAGCCAACGCCAAGAGUCUAACGGAACAAACGAUACCUAUCUUGAACAUGCAUAGCGCUAAUAAAGAAAUGGAAACCCCACCGGCUUUAAUUACCACCUCGGAAGAUUGUGAAAUAAUCAAACGCUAUCUGGAAGUAGUGAGUGAUGUUUUGAAAACUUCGAAACCCGAUGAAGAUGAACAAAAACGGCUUUUUCGUAAUCUGCAUAAAGAAUUUUGGGAUUUGCCGUUGAAUCAUCAAGAAAAGCCUAUGGUAUUUGGUUCGCAGACAAAAAACCGUUAUAAGACGAUAUUGCCGAAUGAAAAUUCAAGAGUGAUACUCGAAAAAGAGUCGAAAUUAUGGAAAGAAAUUAUGGCAGAAACUGAACAUGCUACCACGGAUUUUCUUCUAGCGACAGAUGAACAGCCCUACAUAAAUGCCAACUAUAUUAAGGGUCCAGACUACACUUCUAAAUGUUAUAUAGCAACACAAGGUCCUUUACCAAACACAAUAUACGAAUUUUGGCUAAUGAUUUACCAAAAUACGCAAAAGUAUAUAGAAAUAGCGGAAGGGCCCGAAAGUCCGAGUCGACGACAGGGAAAGUUCCUCCAGCAGUAUUAUCAAAAAGUCAUAAUGCUUACAAAUUUUGUUGAAAAUAAUCGGCAAAAAUGCUCUGUUUAUUUACCAACCGAAUUAAAUGAGAUUUUUGUGACCGCUUCCCGCGAAGAACUAACAAAAUCUAAUGACUAUUUAAAGGAAAUUCUAAGGAAAUAUAUAGAAGUGCAAGAGGAAAGAGCGGAAAAGACGAUACUUGAGGCAAACAUAGGUCUGAAAACAUUUAAAAUGGAAAUACCACAGGGUCUGCAUAACGAUUUACCUCAUAACAGUGGUUUCUUCAUCAUAAAAAAUGUGGGUAUUGUGCGAAAGAACGGUUUCUCUAUACGCAAAUUGCUUAUCUUAUAUUGCGCUAAUGUUUUACCUGGAUAUAAACGUUUGUUAAUUCAACAAUUUUAUUGUUAUCAUUACUGGUAUCCGGAUUGGCCUGAUCAUCGUUCACCAAGAGAUAUAAACACUUUGCUGGACAUUGCCUUGCAUGUCAUAAAUUUGGGUAAAUGCGAAGCUGAAUUUGAGAGUUUUAACAAUGAUGACACUUCUACCAAUAGUCCGAUAACGCAUUUAGAAGCUCAGCCGGUCGAAUUGUAUCAGCAAGAUAUAUUUAAUGCCGUACAACCUUUACCAGUAAUACAUUGCUCGGCUGGUAUAGGACGUACCGGAUGUCUAACGGCCAUUUUAAAUGGAAUAAGACAGGUACGUCAAUCGUUGGCCUAUUCCUUAUCUUCGAUGGCUGCAGCUGCAGCUAAACAAGCAACUUGCUCCCAAGCUUUAAGUCCCGUUGACUUUUGUUUGCCCACAAAUUUUCUUGAGCAACAAUCUUGGCUUCAUAAGGAUCUCUUACCUCUCCCUACCGAUAUCGAUUGUAGUUUCACACGUAAUACUUUGCUUUAUAUAUGUUACAUAGUGGAUCUGUUUCAAAAUGCACAAGGAAGUGAUAAGCAAAAUCAUGAAGACUAUACUUGGAAAUUGCCGGUAUUAACAGACCUUCCAAAAAAGCCAAAUAUAUUCGUAGACAUCUUAGGUAUCGUUUGUAAUCUACGCUUACAACGUGGAGGUAUGGUUCAAAAUUCCGAGCAAUACGAACUUAUACACAGGGCAAUCUGUGUGUACUUGAAAAGAAUGUUUGCUUUAAAAAGAUUUUAAAAAGAAAAAAGUAAAUGAAGUGUUAAUGAAAAAAAAAAAAAAU